CUCAUCCCCGCAUUUCGGUGAGUAGAGGUUCCGCGCUGCCAACGAGCAUAUACAGUACACCCCUUUGCUUCCGCGAACCUGUUCUGCGCCGGAACGAUGUAUGGAUGCAGACCAGAUUUUCGGAAUGGUACUGCAGCCAGCUUGCAUUUGCAACAGAUACCCGCCUGAUUCCUGACUCUGUGACUAACUUCGUGUCAGUGCUACGGCACCUGUACCCCGACCUUCUGAAUCCAUCCCACGCACGUAUCCUCUCGCUCUCGUCGGGAAUUCAAACAUGGCAGAGCCCCCUUCCAAUUUUCCCGAGAUAACCGUCCUCUACUUCGCCGGCGCCUCCACCGCAACGGGACUCACGAGCGAACAAGUGCCGCUCCCUGCUACUCGUCCUGAUACCCACACCAGCAUGUUCGUCGCGGACCCGCCGUCUCGCAUCCGGUUCCCACUAUCAGCGCUGGCCGCGCUCCUCGCCGCGCGGCACCCGAGCACAGGCCUCGCCGACGUGCUCGCGCACAGCUCCUGGGCGGUGAACGAGGAGAUGGUGGACGACCCGGAGAAGGUCUUUUUGAGCGGGGGAGAGGAAGUCGCGGUCAUCUGUCCCGUAUCGGGUGGGUGACCGCCUGCGGCGACUCGAGUGCCUGUUGCUUGCUGCCGGUGAAUCUGAAUCGUAGACCCUGCUUCCGUAACUUGGA